GGUUGUUUAUCAACAGACAAUCUGGACAAUAACGGGCCGAUGAUCUCUGUUCGAGACCCCAAGGAGUUUAUUCCCUAUGGCAGGGGUCAAUGCACGCGUCACCCCCGUGAAGUGGGCUUGCUGCCCUCAUCGAGUGAUGCUGACUCUCCCAGCGGUACCAGUGUACAGCCGGGACAAUGGCGGCUGUAUCUGCACACGGAGCACGGGACCGAGGUGGAGGAGGAGCUGUACACCGAGCACAACAUGCUGGUGUGCAGUCGGGGAGUCGGGCCGCAUCGCGCCUUCACCAUGGACGCGCCCAUCAACAACGCGCUCAGGUGCGAGUACACGUCCACAGCAGCCGCCCACGUGCUGAGCGAGAGGCCACCGCAGCCGAGCGACGCCAGCGAGCGGAUCGCCGCUCUCAGCUGCGUGUCGGCGGCGGCCGUGCACAGCUGGACGGACGACGGCGAGCACUUCAUCACUCCGCUGCCAUUCCAGGUGCGGCGGCUCUGGAGCAUGCACGAGGGUGUGUUGAUCGAGCGCCAGGUCACCGAGGGGGACAAGCUGCCCACCCUGUUCUCGCUGCUGCACCCGCUGGACGACAUCGCACCACUCAUCACCCGUGUAGGUGCCUGCGAGCCGUCGCUGGCCACGGGCGGCCAGGUGUCGGUGGUGCUGGUCUGCCGGCAGCCGUCGCUGUGCGUCACCUAUGACCAGCAGACGGGCACACACACCGUCUGGAGAGUGCGCCGCACCGAACCGGAGGAGUGGUGGACGGCGGACGGCGGCGAGCUGACCAUGGCGGCCACGCCCCACUCGUCGCGCUGCUCGCAGCCGGCCUCGGUGGGCCCCCGCAACAGCAGCCGGCUGAACGCCUCGGCGCUGCACUACUCGGCGGGGCCGGCCGGCCUCAGCCGGUCUCAGUCGCCCAGCGUGCUGGCCGCGUCGGCCGGCACGGCCUCGUACCUGCGGCUCUGCGUCAGUCCGUCGCCGCAGCGGCCCGGCUCGCUCACCAGCGCCUCGCUGCUGGACGAGACGCUGCUGGAGCCGGGCGAGCCGUUACGGCCCGAGAUCUGCCUGCAGCACCUGUGGCGCGACUCACUGGCCACCAGUGAGCCGGCCCGCGGCGGCUUCCUCACCAGCGACCUGUCGGGCGUACGUUACGUGGUGCUGGUGCUGUCCAGCCGCGGUCAGCUGCGCCUGAUCCGGCUGGAGCCGGGCGCCGACGGCUCUCAGCACGUGCGCGGCCUGGUCAGCACGCUACCCGGCCGCGACGCCGUUCCCAUAGCGGUGACCAACACGAUGCUCGUGGUGGACCAGUCGGCGUCGCUGGUGCUCUACAGUGGUCUGUUCCGGCUGUGUAAGGUUCACGUGCCGGGCAUACCGCCGCCUGCGCUCAGCCUCAGCCUGACACUGCCGCCCAGCCUGCCGGGCUCGCCAUUCUGCCCUCCACGGAGGAGCAGUCUGGUGGCGAGCGGCCGACCCGGGCCGGGCCUGGAGGCGCGCUUCGAUGACGCCCUGUCGCUGACGCUGUCCCCGGUGCGGCCCGAGCCGGAGCUCCGCGACCCGUCGCCGCACAAGUUCGACAGCGCGGGCCAGCAGGAGGACGCCACCAUGCCGCUGUCGGGAGCCGUGGCGGGUUUGCGUGACGUAGUGGGAGACGCCGUUAUCAUGGAGCACACCUCCGGCUGCCUGUACCGGUUCCGGGUGCCGGCUCCGGCCGACGCCGGCACCGUGGCCGCCUGUCUGCGGGCGGCGCGCGCCGUGCUGCCGCGCGAGCUGGCCAAUGCGCCCGGCGCGCGCCACUUGCCGCCGGCCAAACAGUGGCGCGCGUUCGCCGCCACCCUGCUUCGCAUGAUGGGGUACCAGGUGGAGCGACUGGCCAUAGCCGCCCUUCUGGACGUCGCCGGGCCCAGCGUCUCGCACCAGCGCGGCAAACGGUGCCGCUCUGAGGACGGCACGGACGAGGAUUGGGAGUUUUUGUUGUCGUCUGAAUACCACGCCGAGGUGGAGGCCGAGGGACGCGCGGCAACGUCCGUUGCCACGGCCGCUGUCGAAGGCCGGGUGGAUGUCACUGCGCCACUGUUCCCGCACAUGGCCACCCUGCUGUUUGUGCUGCACCUGGUGUAUGAGGACUGCAAGCUGGACACGCUGAGCGCGGACGUCCUGCCGGACAUGGCGGCGGUGCUGCAGCAGCUGGCGCUGGAGCUGGGGUGGGCGCCGUACGCCGACCACUACUGGCGGGACUGGCCGGGCCAGUGUCAGGCCGGCGCCGACCUCGCCAGCCGCCUCAGCGUGCAGGGAGCCGCCGUCCCGGCCGCCUACCCGUAUCUGGUCGGCGUCAACGACCUGUCGGUGCACAUGAUCAUGGUGUACGCGCUGCUGCGCGGUGAGCGGUCGGAGGGCCUGUCGCGGCUGCUGCGGACCGUGCCCGGCCCGGCCGCGGGCCCCUCCGGCCUGGAGCAGACGGAGGCGCAGCAGCUGCUGCGGUCCAGUCGGCCCGUCUGCGUGGCGGCGCCGCCGCGGCCCGAGCUCUCCGACCACGAGCGGCAGGACGAGCAGAAGCGGCUGCUGUACGCGCUGUGCCAGCGCACCAUGGCGCUGCCGGCGGGCCGCGGCAUGCUGAGUCUGCACGCCGCCGCGCCGGUGGUGACGCAGCCGCUAGCCGUACCGCCGCUCUGCCUGACGGGCCGCGCCCCGCCGCGCGGCGCCACCGUCGACCUGGCCGACAUGGACCUGCCCGUCAACAUGAAUGUCUGGCCCCACUUCCACAACGGCGUGGCGGCUGGGCUGCGCGUGGCCCCGGACGCCGCACAGAUCGACGCCGCCUGGAUCCUCUACAAUCGGCCCAAGACGAGCGCGGAGAACCCGGUGGAGCACGCCGGCUUCCUGAUGGCGCUGGGCCUGAACGGUCACCUGGCCCACCUAGCUCGGCUCAACGUGCACGACUACCUGAUCAAGGGCAACGAGAUGACCUCCGUGGGCGUGUUGCUCGGCCUGGCCGCCUGCAAGCGAGGCACCAUGGACGUCAACACGACCAAGCUGCUUAGCAUUCACGUGGAGUCGCUGCUGCCGCCCACCAGCCGAGAGCUCGACAUAGCCCACUCCAUACAGGUGGCGGCCGUGCUGGGCGUGGGGCUGGUGUACCAGGGCUCCAACAACCGGCACAUGGCCGAGGUGCUGCUGCGCGAGAUGUCCCGGCCGCCGGGGCCCGAGAUGGAGAACAGCUGCGACCGCGAGGCGUUCGCGCUGGCCGCUGGCCUCGGCCUUGGCCUGGUCACGCUUGAUGGCGGCGGUGACCAGCUGGGCCUCACCGCCAGCCUGCACCAGCUCAUCUUCGGAGGGAAUAAGCCCCCGCUCACCGGUCCGCAGAAGGAGAAGUACAAGACUCCCAGCUACCACAUCCGGGAGGGAGACACUGUCAACACCGACGUCACGGCCGCCGGCGCCACUCUGGCGCUGGGCCUCAUGUACAUGGGCUCCGCCAACAGAGCGGUGUCCGACUGGCUGCAGACGCCGGAGACGCUGUACCUGCUGGACCUGGUGCGGCCCGACCUGCUGCAGCUGCGCACGCUGAGCCGCGCGCUCGUCCUGUGGCACGAGGUGCGGCCCAGCCGCCAGUGGGUGGAGCAGCAGCUGCCGCCGCUGGUGCGGCCCGACCAUCCGCCGCAGCCCGGCACCGACUGCCAGACGAUCCAGCAGGUGUACUGUCACGUGACGUCGGGUGCGUGCCUGGCGCUGGGCCUGCGGUACGCGGGCACGGCCGACCCGGACGCUUACCAGGUGCUGCUGCACUACACGCGCGCCUUUAUAGCGCACACGACAUCGGCCGUGGCCGAGGAGGCCGGCCGGCCCACCGUCGAGAACUGCCUCUGUGUGACGCUCACCGCACUGGCCAUGGUGAUGGCCGGCACGGGCGACCUGGAGGUGAUGCGCAUCUGCCGGUACCUGCGCUCGCGGGUCGGGCCGCACCACUCCACCGUCAACUACGGCAGCCACAUGGCGGUGCACAUGUCGCUGGGCCUGCUGUUCCUGGGCGGCGGCCGGCACACGCUCUGCAACAGUCGGCCGGCGGUGGCUGCGCUCAUCUGCGCCUUCUUCCCGCGGUACCCGCUGACCAGCUGCGACGGCAGGUACCACCUGCAGGCGUUCCGGCACCUGUACGUGCUGGCGGCUGAGCCGCGACUGCUCGUGCCGCGUGACCUCGCCUCAGGCCAGCUCACGUACUGCCGCCUGGUGGUGACGCUGCGCACCGCGGACUCGCCAACCGGCCACCAGGUGGCUAUGCAGGCGCCCUGCCUACUGCCGCAGCUGGACACGGUGCUGGAGAUUCGCGUGGACGACGACCGUUUCUGGCCGUUCACCGUCACUUCAGGCGCCGGCGUCCAGCUCCUGGGUGAGCGGCUGCAGUCGGGCGGCCGUCUGAAUGUGAAGCGCAAGGCAGUGGGCGGGCUGCAUCAGCAGGAGCUGCGAGCCCAGCUGACGCAGACGCUCGGGGGACCGGGCCAGGCCAUCUGGUCCGCCCAGGCGGAGCUGCUGCUGAGCUCGGUCAGUCCGGCCGAGCAGCGCAGCCUGUGCCGCCACUUCCUGCCGCCGCCGGCCGAGCUGGGCGUGCAGAGCGCGCUGGCCGACCGGCACACGGGUGCGGCCACGGGGUGCACCGCCCGCUCUGGCUGA